ACGCGCGCAGGUCUGUCGUCAGCUGUUGCGUGCAAGUGCGACCGUGGCCGAGAGACCCCGGCUUGUACACAGCCAGCGACAGUCAAAAUGCGAAGUGCGCGUCCUUUUAUUACGUACCUCCAAAUGUCCAGGUGUAUUAGCACGUCCGGCGUGUGUUCGGGUGUCGCUCGAGAAGGUAGAUUCAUGAGGAAACUAAUAAGCGAAGGCCGCAAGUCGAAGAGAAAGUGGUACGACGCAGAUUUACGCGGUGCGAGCAUCAACCCGACCGACGCGUCACCGUCCGCGAGCACGCAGCGCAGAAUGAUGAUGCGAGAUAAGCUUUUCAUGGAGCACAUAACAGACAUGAUGUCGAUGGGGCAAGUGUCUGAUAUCGUGAAGGGCGACGUAGAGAUCACUCACGUGCAAAUCACUGCGGAUUUCAAACACGUCAAUGUGUAUUACAUACCCAACAACUACGACACCUCCGUCAGCCAAGAGGCGUUGCAGAAGUGCGCCAGGAUUAUUCGCCACGAGCUGUCGCAGCUACGUGUCAUAGGCGUGGUGCCGCCUAUCCAGUUCGUUGAAAACAAGCAGUAUUCCAUGCAGAGGGAAAUCGACAGGAGAUUGGCGAUGAUCAAUUUCGAGGAGGCCAGCGAGGUUUCGUUGGAACCUGCGCAAGUUGACGCUUCUGGCAUGGGCGAUGCCGAUCAGACUGCGCGCAAAGAAUCGACUGCGAAUUGCGAUUCUGAAGCAGAUGACUUUUAUACAAAAUUGCCGAUGAGGCACGAUGUGUUAGGACUGGAUCAUCACAAAAUCAUGUCCCGGAUCGUCAUUGCGGUAUCCAAGUCGAGAAAGGCUGCGCAAAGGCGAAUGUCGCGCGAUUCGGACACGGUGAAUGAAUGCAAUAACACAGAUGAGAGCCCCCGCGACCCGAUCUCGAGAGAAGCCGAGUUCCUGACCCGGAAAGAACAACGACAGAUCUUCUCAGACUUUCUACUUAAAAGACAAAGGGAAGAACGACGUAGAUACAAACAAUUGAAGAAACAGGAAGUGGGAAAUAAUUUUGAAGAAGAAAUUGAUGACGAUUAUGAAGAUAACGAUAUAGACGAGGACAGUAAUGAUGAGUAUAUAGACGAGUAUACAGACGAUUUCGAGGACGAGGCGCGAAAAUGACUUGAGAAUGAACCCGGCUUACGAUCAAAACAAUUUUUAUUCAAUAUAAAUAUAAUACUAAUGCUCGACUUUCUGUACAUGUGUGUACAAUAAAUAAUUUAUUAGUAAUAAAUUGUAUUGUAUACAAUAUACAUAAAAUCUUGCUGUGAGAUAAUACAAUAACAAUAACAAAAAUGCUCAUUCUUCGCU